CCUUCUUCAUUACCGCCUUUUUUCCAAUAAUUAGCUAAUUCGUCAUGGCUGACAAGAUCAAGAACGACAAUAACAAUGGCGAGCAACAAUCUCCUCCUCCGCCACCCUAUAGCCCUAUACCACCAAACGCUCCUGAGCCCUCACGAUCCACACAGCAGCCACAGUAUCGAGCCAUUGUCAUAGAGCAACGUGAGACGCCUGUUGUGAUCCCAAACCGAGAGACUCAGCGCCAGUUCCCCGUCGCGGCUCUCUUUUUCAUAUUUGGAUUUCUUUGCCCGUUCUUUUGGAUCGUAGGCGCAUGUUGCUGUGCCGGCAGCUGGCAGCCGUAUGAAGCAUGGUGGGGUAAUGCAAAUAUGCUGAUGUCUAUCGUCUUUAUCAUGGCUUCGUUGAUAUAUACAGCCGUCAUGUUUGCCACUGGGCACGUACAUGUGUAAAUAACCUUGUAGCAGCCCAAUUUGCCAGACCUUCCUCUACCGCUAUUCCUCCUCCAUACAUUGUCCCUAUUCCUUCUACCAUUUUGAAACGCUUUUAGAAGAACCUUUCAUUAUAUCGUACUUCUUUACCUUCAUUUUGAUGUUGUUGCAAUGUAAUACGGUGUUAAAAUUCAUGUUUGCUCUAGCGAU